GCAGCAGCAGCAGCUGCAGCAGUAAAGGAGGGGAAGGGCAUGUGCUCAGGACGAAGCGGGAGCAUUCUGACAGCUCGCCAUCAUCUUUGGGCUCGGGAAAUCGAGAUGGUGGUCCACUUGUAAAAGUUGAUUCGGGCACACGAAAGCGCACAGCCUCAGGUGGAAUCCGUGGAAUGUUGCUCCGGGUCAGGUCGGAUCCAUUGGUUCGCUCGGUCGUGCUUCCGGGCCCGGAGACAUUGGACUCGGUCGUUGUGGAUACGCCAGAGCAGCGGUGGUGCACGACCAGAUUCUCGUAUGGCAAACCGGAUUCUCAUCCGGCAAAUGUUUGGCUGUUGAGGUGAUCGUGUGCCUGUGUGUUAGAAGCCUGUAGCGGCGUUUCUUGGCGACUCGGAAGACUGAGGUCGAAGGGGGAUCGAAUCUGAGGGUUUUGAAGGCUUGGAGAAUUCAGGGUUGAAGAUAUACAGUUGUGGAUGACUGUAGACUCAUUUGAACAGCCCACAACUGCGCGUGCGUGGCAGGCGUCUUAGACAAUCAGAGCAGCUCUGAAUAACUCGAGGAGUUGGGAUUCAGAUUCGAAUUCGAUUCGCGAAGUUAUCGUUUCAGGUUUCCCUGGAUUUUAUGUAAUUAUUUCGCUCUCUGCUGUAGACUCGGUUACACAUUUCUUGCGGUUGGUGCAGAAAUUCCCAAGAAUUUAGGAUCGUUUUCGACCACGCCUCUGAAUGCCCUCAGAAUUGCGGGGUUGAAGGGGGUGGUGAGACUUUUGACUCUUUUGAGGGAAGUCUUCAAGCAUUUUUCCCUGGGAGAAGGCAGCGGAUGCGCCACCGAGUCGGGCGCUCAGAGCGUCUUCCUAACACAUUGCGAGUUUCGAAUUGAGGACGAAUCGGAUUCAAGACCAGGAAACUUUUGGAACGGGAAAAUAGCCUCUACAGAAUAGAAGGCCGAAAUGCAGAUUUCCGGUUUAGGCCAGGUGGGGAUGGCUACCAGGGUACCCUGUUUGCAGGUUGUCCGGCCUGUGUCCUCUCAAAAUGCCAGUCAAUAUUCAGGCUCCUUUGCAGGAGCAGCCACAGGUAGGCAUCCGUAUUCACGUAAAAUAAGAGUUGUUUGUUCUGCAACUGAGGACUAUUCACCAGCGAAGCAAAAAUUUGAUCUGCCACUCUCCCCGGAGGAAACAUCGAGAGGAUCAGACGAUUUCACAGAGACGAACUCUUCUACCGGUAAAUUCGAUCAGGAAAAGAUGGGCACAGUUUCUGAGGUUUUUCAGGGAGCAGUGAAAGCCGUGAAGGAUGCACCUGCAAUUACUGUGGCCCAAAUGCUUCUCUUUGGUGGAGUUGCAACUUUUGGUUUGAUUGUCUCCGGCUCCAUGAUGGAAUCGGUGGCACUUCUCCCUUUUGCACCAGAGGCUCUUCAAACUGUUGGUGUAGCUUACUCCGUUCUUCUUGCCAGUCAGGUGCUUCAGGGGAGAUCCGUCAGUUUCCCUCCUCCAUCUCCCUUUAAAGCCGUAAUUCAGCUUGUAGAUAAUGGACAGACUCCAACCCCAACGUCGGGCCAGGAACAGUCACAGGAUGCCCUCGCCAUGCAGAAGCUAGUCAAGGAGCGAGAUGCUGCUGUCAGCCAGAUGGAGGAGAUGAGGAAAACUGCAGUCAGUUAUGCACGUGUUGUGUCAGAAAAGGAAGCUCUAGAGGCUGUGUCAUUGCAACUCGCUGAUGAGCGCGAUGGUGCUGUGUCCGAGGUUUCAGCGCUGAAAGAUGCGGUAAUAGCAAUGACCAAUCGAAUGAGGGCAAUCGAAGAAAUGUUAGACCAAGAGGUGUCGCUUCUUAAGAAACAAAAUGAAGCUUUGGAAACGGUUGCUUUACAGCUAGCAGCCGAAAGAGAUUCUGCUCUACAGGAGGUGGAAGACUUGAAGCUUUCGUCUCUUCUUUACGAAGAACAACGAGAACAAAUGGAAUGUUUAGAAACAGUAGGAGUUCAGUUGGCUCAAGAGAGGGAUACAGCUCUAGCCGAAAUUGAGGAAUUAAAGAAGGUUGUUGCGAGCAUUCGUGAGGCAGCAUCCACAGCUUCCGGAUUAACUACCGAGCAAGAGUUGUUUAUUGAAGCGAGGGUUCGUGCAUUACGUUCUCAGUUUAUUGACGUUGAUCGAGGCUACGAUGAACAGAAAGACGAAGUGGAUAGAUUCAUCGGCCACCUGGUACAGGAAUAUGGGGCGCCACAAGAAUGGACAAACGCCUACAUCAGACAGUUUUUGGACACUUCUGCUACAAAGUCUAAACUUGGGGAUGUCGCGGGUGACAUAAAUCGAUUGGAAAGCUCUACUUCUCAGAGGAGUUUUCAAUGAGAGCCGGCCUUUGACGAUCGUUGUGACUCGGUGCUUCGUGUACGAUAUCAGUUUGAAAUGCGUGAGAAUGCAUCAUAUAUUAUUGUUCUCCGCAGCGGGGCUUUCCUUACACCUCAGUCUAGGGGCGCCCUGUCCAUUCAUUGAUAUUCUCCUUGCAAGGGUGGCAGGAGAGACGGGAGACGCCGUGCACCUCACUGCCUCUUAAUCUGUAGAGCUCCAGGUGCAUGUUAGUAAGAUCCCUUGGCUCUUCGUCUUCGUUUGUGGCAAUCGCUCCUCAUGUCCGUCUGUAAUAUUUUUGUACCAAAACGCAAGUGUCAAUUGUAGAAGCCAUGGUAUCCUCGAUAAUACCAAGGUUUUGUUUAUAUUAUCCUGCGAAGGAUGCUUUUUCUGGGAACCUUGCAUGAGACGACACAGUCAUGAAUUUCUGUGACCCACCAUGAAUUUCACUAGGAAUGGUCUUC